GGACCCCAGAUAUCAUGAAUCAUUAUUAAACAUGGAUAUCAUUUCAAUACCCAGUGCUAUGCGGGAUCAUUGGGAUGUCCCGACCUUAACCCCUACUUUAUUAAUUUAAAAUUGAAUUUAAAAUGUUAACUUCAGUGGACUAGAGACGUCCCAAUGAUACCGGAUAGCACGGACCAAUCGCAAUUGCUUCUUCUCUCCUCCUCAAACCACAUUGGAUGAGAGAGCCAGAAGUCCUGCCCCUCCGACCUACUCCUCCAAUGGGUUUUGAGGAGGCGAGGAUAAUGUGAUUGAGAUUUCCCCAUUGGGUCCAUGAGGAGGCUUGUGUGUGACUUUGGUAGAGGUAGUCUUUGAACUAAAACUUCACUGUUGACCGAGGAGAAUGUAAAUGCUAAGCAUGUAGUAAUGAUUUACCACUGCUGUUUUAACCGUGGUUUUGUACGAAACCAUUCGUUUGGUUCAUGUGCCUGUUGAACAGUGUUUAGCGGCAAAGUAAGUCAGCUUCGCUAGCUAGGUAAAGUUAGCUGGCUAUCGGAGAUUCGAUGUCGUUUGCUGGUUGUUACAUUGAGCUGUUGCGAUAUUCAUAACGUUGACAUGUGGUGUUACUAUGUGGCCGUUGUAUACGCUAUAUUUGCUACUUCUCAUCCUUGCUUACUUUCAUCCGGAAAUAGUCAACCGAGAAGUGAACGUGCAUAUCUUAUAGUUAUAGCUAGUUGAACUAGCUAGAAGUGUGCAGUAGUACAGAAUGCUGCUCUCCCUGGUUGUUCACACAUACUCGUUGCGGUACUGGUUUCCUGCAGUGGUAAUGCUAGGCACAGCUCCGGUUUAUGUGCUGUCAUGGGGUGCAUGUCGUGUGCUUACCGCUGUCCUCCCAUCAAGACUAUACCGCAGGAUGGACGACCACCUCUAUAAUAUAUACCAGAGCCUCGUCCUAUUUUUCUUCGAAAACUAUACCGGGGUGGAGAUUGUUAUUUAUGGAGACGUGCAAAAGAAAAAAAGAGAAUGUAGUCUACCUUUCCAACCAUCAAUGCACAGCAGACUGGAUCAUUGCUGACAUGUUAGCCAUUAGGCAGAAAGCACUUGGCCAUGUGAGAUACGUCCUAAAAGAUGGGCUGAAAUGGCUCCCAUUAUACGGAUGGUAUUUCUCUCAGCAUGGAGGUGUCUACGUGAAGCGAAGCGCAAAGUUUGACGAGAAGGCAAUGAAAAAGAAGCUCUCGUCACAAACAGUGUUGGGAACACCAAUGUAUCUUGUCAUCUUCCCAGAAGGAACCCGAUACAACCCUGAACUCAAGAAGAUGAUCAGCGACAGUCAGGCUUUUGCCACUAAAGAAGGUGAGCAAAACACUCGGCAGAUCCUCACAAGGCACCCUGAUCUCUUUCCGCGAUGUCUCUUUCUCCUGCGAAUGACAGAGAUGAGGGUCUGUUCGGGUGUCUGGAGUAAAUCCCUCUCGUCCUUUUCGUUAGAGAUUCUUCGUCCAGUUCAAGGGCUGGCUGCCUUAGACCAUGUUCUGACCCCAAGAAUGAAAGCCUCUCACGUUGCCAUAGAGACCAUGAGGGAUCACCUGGAUGCUGUUUAUGAUAUCACCGUUGUGUAUGAGGCAACACGCGGCAAAAGCAGUGAUAGACAACCUGCCCCAACCAUGCCAGAAUUCCUGUGUAAGGAAUCUCCAAGAGUUCACAUCCACUUUGAACGUGUGGACAUAAAGGAAAUUCCUCCGGAGUCUGUGUUUUUCCGUGGGUGGCUGCACAAGCGAUUUGAGAUCAAGGACCAGAUGUUGACUACUUUCUAUGAGUCUGAGGAUCCAGACAAAAAAGGCAAAUUCCCUGGAGAAGGUCAAAGGUCCCAUCUGAGUAUUAUGAAGAUGUUGCCAUCGCUGCUAUUUUUGGGAGGGGGCUAACACUGCCAAUGCUGAUGACGGAGUCUGGCAGGAAACUCUAUGUCCGAAACUGGGUGUAUGGGACUCUGUUGGGAUAGCUCUGGGUGAAUGUUAGUCCAUAGGAAGCUUGUGGUGGUCAUCAUGCCAUUUGCUCUGAGUAUGGAAAGACCUUGCCCUUUCACUCACCCAUCAAGCAGGUGAGUGUGUUUUUUUUUCUUCUAACAAAGCACUUGUUGCUGUUAAGGUUUAUGGGCUUCUACAAUUCUGUCCAAAUGUAUGGCUCAUUUCCUAACUAAACAGCUGUAAGAGAGAUUGGGAGAGAGAAGCCGUUUUGUUUCUUGUGCUGCUUGUUUCUUGCUCUAUUGUUGUGUGCAUCAGAACUUGCAUCCAGAUAAGGCGAGAAAAAUAUAAAUAGGGGAUGUUGAAAUGAGGCAUAUUUCUUUCUUGAAUUUCCCCCUUUAUCUCAGCCAUAAAGUAUGACUCGAUAGAUUUCUUCCCUAAACCCUUUAGGCCUGUUACAUAAUAAAUGUAGCCAAUUCUGUACUUUUGCAUGUCCAGUGUCCAGCAUCCCUUUUCAACAUGAUGUAAUCUUUCAUUAGUUGACUAGAGUUAAGUUCAGCUCUCCGUUUGAGAUGUUAUGCUGCGCUCAUGUGCUCUUGGAAUUAUUGACAUCUCGGGACAGAGAAACUCCCCAAAAGCUCCCAGAAUGUUCAGAACUGAGUUUACAACAUCCAAAAACGAGUUUCCAAGUAGUAAAUAGGAGUGGGGAGUUCACAUGGAACAAUAACAUAUAUCAUACUCUGAGUCUGAGCUUCCCAGUAAGCUAGCUUCGAGUUUACUAUUCUAAGAAGCAUGUGAACUCAGCAUUAGAGAACAGAUUUAAUAUUCAGUACUCAUUAAAAAAAGAGUGAUUAGUGUUUAUCCAAUUGAUAUGUUCAUGAGGGUGAUGUAGGGUUUAGGUCUUUAGUGAUGGUUACUUAGCCAUACAUGUUUAAUGUUCUCUUUUUUUAAUGCCAAGUUCCAAGGUGUCUGCUGUAUUUGUUUUACUUGUUUGAGUUGUUGCAAAAGUUCCACAAAUUGUUGCCAAACUACAUACAAGUGCAGGGGUAUCGAAUAGGUAUUUUAGGUGGAGCAACACGUCUGUAAUCAGGUCAAUGUCCUGUCUGCUCUACCUGAAGAACCAAUAUUGUAUUGUCUUUUGUAGUUGACCUAAAGAUGGCAAGUGUACUACAUUUUCAUUAGAUUUUCUAAAACCAAUUCUGUUGGUACAGCUUGUUAUUCAGAGGAAAUUUUGUGUACACUGCCUUUAUGCCAUGUUAUAGAUUACACAAGGGGUAUGGAUAGCUAUGUAUUGAGAAGGCCAACUGUAGAGGAUCCCUAUAUAUAAUUAAUAUUUCUUUGUAUACAAAGCCAACUGCAUAAUAUGCAUCACUAUAACAAAAAAAUACUAUGCCCAUUGUUUUUCAUAAUAUAAACAUGACUUUUUCCACUCACUUUUACAUGACGCUAUUCUUAGCUUAUUUAUUAAAGGACUCUUCCGAUAAGGAUUUAAUUAGGCAGUGGUAAUAGCAACUGCCACGCCAAGGCCUCGCUUACUUAUCCUUCCUUUAAUAACAAUGUGUAACGACAAAACAGUUAAAACGUUACUUCAUUCAAUUUGUUUAAUUCUGUCAAUUUGAUUAAAAAAGCAAACAAGCUGAUUGUAAAUAAUAAAACAAUUAUUGUAGAAACUAUUGUGCCAAUUGUCCACCUUCUGUAGGAGUUAGUCAGUCCUUGGCUUCGCUUCUACUGAGGACGGCAUGUAAUGACUGCACUGGGACUCCCUCUACUGGACAGCACUUGAACUGUUCUGCACACCACAGUUUAUUGGUCUGUCUUCAGUUUUUUUAGUUUAUUUUAUUUAACCUUUAUUUAACUAGGCAAGUCAGUUAAGAACUAAUUCUUAUUUACAUUAAUGGCCUACCUGGGUGACACUGGGCCAAUUGUGCGCUGCUCUAUGGGACUCCCAAUCACGACCGGUUGUGAUACACCCUGGAAUCGAACUAGGGUCUUUAGUGACGCAGUGCCUUAGACCGCAGCGCCACAGUUCAUGAGCUUUUGGUGGGCUGUAGUAUAUGCUGGAAUAUUUUUGUUUUAAAGCACUUGAUUUUGAGAAACUUGUGGAAUUUCUAAAGUAAUGUUUUAAUAUUUGAAAUGUUUUGUGGUAAAUAAAGUACCUCUUGGUGUUUCAUCAAGCUAAGAGGAGUUUUUUUUUAUUUUUAUGUCCAUGUCUUUUUCAUACACUGGCGUAAAGCUUCAAGUCUCUAUUUUAUUCUGUUAUUACUUGACAGCAUGAUAAUGUAUCAUGCUUUUGUAUAUCACUGGUCAAAAAAUAAAUCCUGGCUACCAAACGCACCCACAUGCAGUGCUGUUCGAAAUGUCUACCAAAUGGCUUUGUAUAAAAAGUUCAGAAUCACAAAUGUUACUAUUCAGCUCGGUUCCAAUGGUAUAUUGUUCACUUUGAAGUUUGUUUCAAGUCUACUUUGAAAUUCAGGUAUUUUCUUUAAAAUUAUCAAAUGUGUUUAUUUUCUGAUAUGUACAUGGAUAGACUGUAUUGCUGAAAUGUUGUAGUACUGGGACUUUACCGCUGCCAUCGCUACAGAUCAAACAUUCCUAAAAAAAAUAUGGAAUGAAGGCUCUGAAGUUUAUAAUCUUUGCAUGUUGAUUGAAUAGAUUUGUAUUUUUUAUGUUAAUUUCACAAUGUCCCUCUAAAACUAUCUAAUGCGCUGCUUAGAACGUUCAGAAGAUUGUGCUGCUCUUAUGCCUGACCUUUAAUACUUGUUAAUGCAGUGCAGCCAAAGAGACAUACUUAUGUACUUCGACCUUAUGUACUCACCUUUACCCUAUAGCACAUAACUGAACCUGAUCAGAAACCAUAAACUUGUUCAGUGAUGAUUCAAACAUGCUUGUGUUCAUUUGUGUUUUUGAGACUUUAGUAAUAAAGGAAUGACAUUCAAAAUAA